UAUGGGCGUAUGUAGACAUGGCAAGACUGGCUCCGUCGUUUGGACAUCUAGUCUUCAUUUUAUCCUUGCUACAGGUAUCUGUCGUUUGUCAGACUCCGGACAACGUCAACAGCCUAUUGACAAAUCUGUUCGCCAACUACAACAACAAGAUCCGCCCCGUGAAUGACCAAUCUCUGCCCAUUGUCCUGGACGUCAGCAUGUUCCUCUUCAGUGUCAAUGCGGUGGAUGAGGUCAACGAAAAGUUGGUCACAACCGGUUUUCUUGGCCUGACGUGGACAGAUGAUCUUUUGCAGUGGGACCCUACCCUUCAAAAUGAAAUAUUCAUCAUUUUCCUUCCCCAGAAGGAUAUUUGGAAGCCAGACUUGGUUCUUAAAAAUGGCUUUAAGAAGUUAACGGAGAUGGGAGGAGAUUUCUACUUUCUUUCGAUUUCAAACUUUGGCGAUGUCUACUGGUAUCCGUAUGAAGUGUUCGAAACUCGUUGCUCCAUUGAUAUUACUUACUUUCCUUACGACAAGCAAACAUGCAAUGUUACAUUCAUUGUCUGGAGUUAUUCCGCCGAUGAAGUCAUCAUUACGAAAUCGUCUGGUGGAAUAGAUUUUUAUGAAUACGAGGAAAAUAGUGUUUGGACAAUAGUAUCCACUGAUUCUGACAUAAAAAAGGAUUCUUAUGAAUCAGAAAUAACCUUCACUAUCACCUUGCAACGAAAACCUCGAUAUUACGUCAUGAAUAUGAUUCUUCCUGUCGUCUGCUUAGGACUUUUGAGUCUGUUGGUUUUUAUCGUACCUGCUGAUGCCGGAGAAAAAAUGUCGUACUCCGUGACUGUGUUUUUAGCGUUUGCGGUAUUUCUGACCAUCAUCAGCGCUGAAUUACCUGUAAAUUCAGAGAGCACAUCGAUUUUGAGUUUCUAUCUUGUACUUCAAUUGAUGAUAGGUGCCUUGGUUCUGAUCAUUUCAUCAAUACAACUGCGAUUGCAUUACAGGAAGAGUAGCCGAGGUAUGUCAAAAUUCUUUGUAGCCAUUGUUAGAAUCGAUCAGUUCUUGAGGUGUGUUAAAAGAUACCGUCUUUGUUGCAAAAAGGAUGUUACCACUGUUGAAAAUUUUGACAAAAAUGAAGAGGAACAGUCGACGGAAUUGGAAGCUGCCAUAGAAUGGAGUGAUGUGACGAAUGCCAUCGACUUUCUCUGUUUCUGGUUCUUACUUCUUGUGAAUGUCGGAUUAACAAUGUUCCUAUUCUUGUAUAUCACUGGGUCAUAA